AUGGAUCAGGCUACAAAAUCCAACAAGAGGAAGUCAGAUGGAGAUAUUCCAAAAGACGCUAAACGACCAAUGUCCAGCCACGUCUGCCCUGAACAAGGGAAUUCCACGACCAUCGCCCCCGAGCCAGUGGAUAGUGUAUACCACGUCGUGUAUGCGCACAGAUUUAAUGCCGCUACCACGACAGAAGCUAUUGAUCGCUCGCAUGAAAUGCUACAAAGGGUGAAUAAAGCGAGUACCCUGCGUGUUGAGACAACCACCGAGGGCCCGGUUGUUGUGAACCCGGAAGGCCUCAACUACGCCCGGACCAUGGUGGACGCAAAGGAGCGUGCUAAGGAGGUCGAAAAGCUCCAGGCGGAAUUACACGAGUUACAAGCCAGGGACCCUCAGCUGGAGGCCGCUUGGGACGAAUGCGUUGCAGUUCGUCGCCGCUUCAUCGCGACUUACAAACGAGACAACGGGCUGUCGAUGGGGCUCCACGAUGACAAGGUGAUUGAAGACGGCAACAUGACGGCUCAUGGGGGAAGCUGUAUCAUAGAUGCCCGUAUAUGCCACGAAGAUCCUGUUUCCCCAACUGACCGCGAUGCUGCGCGCUACAACGAUAUAAAGGGUGAUUCAGCCCUUGCAAAGACCAUCGAUGGAAUGAACAGACACGCCUCCGCCGUUUCAAAUAAACGCAAGACAGCGACCCAGACCCUUCGAGAGACCUUUGCGACGUUCAUCACCGAGCUUCAGACCAACGGCAUCACGAACGAUUGGAAUCCAAAUUCAGCCGUCGGCAAAGCAUACGACGACUUUACGCGAGCAAAUACAUACAAACAUGACGACAAAUAG